AUGUUUGUCUUUGCAUUGUUUUCAGCAACCACCUGGACUUUGCUGGCUCUCUGUUUCACCCUGUUUUUACUGUAUGGCAUUUGGCCUCAUAGGUUUUUUAAAAAACUGGGAAUACGCGGACCAAGGCCUCUGCCUUUUUUUGGAACACUACUACACUUCAGAAAGGGACUUACUUUUGACAAUGAGUGCCAAGACAAGUACGGAGAUGUCUGGGGGUUGUUCGAAGGACGAAGACCAAUUUUAACGGUGACGGACCCUGAGAUUAUUAAAACUGUGUUGGUGAAGGAGUUCUACUCUGUGUUUACCAACCGCAGGGAAAACAUAAUGGGAGGACCUCUGGAUGAUGCCGUUGUAUCAGUUAAAGACGAAAGGUGGAAAAGAAUUCGGAGCACUUUAUCGCCAUGCUUCACCAGUGGAAGAAUGAAACAGAUGUUCCCCAUCAUUGCACGCUAUGCAGACCGACUCAUUGAAAAACUGGGACAAACAAACUUGGAUGAACCCAUCGAUGUCAAACAAUUUGUGGCACCUUACAGUUUGGAUGUUGUGACCAGUGCAUCUUUCAGUGUCGAGGCAGACUCCAUAAACAAUCCAGAGGAUCCACUUAUUGUUAAUCUCAAGAAGAUUCUUAACUUCAACUUUUUCUUUAUAUUCUUAAUAGUAAUGUUUCCCUUUAGUGCCCGUCUGCUGAAGCUCCUGGAUAUUGACAUGAUGCCCAGACUCAGUGUGGAUUAUUUCUACAACAUCAUUAAGAGAUUUAAGGACCAGCAUCAUGCAGAUGAAUCUAUUCGAGCAGACUUCCUGCAGGUGAUGAUUGACAGCGAGAUACCAGAAUCAGAGACUAAGAAUGAACAAGAUCAGCCAAGUAAAGGAUUGACUGAACACGAGAUACUUUCCCAGGCCUUCAUUUUCAUCUUUGGUGGCUAUGAAAACACCAGUGUUACUCUCAGUUACAUCCUUUACAACCUGGCCGUCAACCCUGAUGCGUUGCAGACCCUGCAUGAAGAAAUCGAUGCCAGCAUACCGAGAGAUUCUCCUAUUUCAUACGAGGAUCUGAUGGGUCUGCAGUAUCUGGACCAGGUUCUUGCUGAGUCACAGCGUUUGACGCCCACUGCCCCUCAGCUUGAGAGGAUGUGCAAAAAAACUGUUGAGAUCCAUGGCUUCACCAUCCCUGCAGGAACCAUGGUUAGGAUUCCUGUGCAUUCGUUACACAAGGACCCACGCUUUUGGAGCUCACCUGAGCUUUUCAGACCAGAAAGGUUCAGUAAAGACAGCGGGGAGGAGGUGAACCCGUACGUGUACAUGCCGUUCGGGCUCGGGCCUCGUAACUGCAUUGGGAUGCGCUUCGUUAUCCUCGUCAUGAAGACGAUCGUUGUCCGUCUCCUGCAGAGUUACACUUUGGAAACAUGCAAAGACACCGUGAUUCCGAUGGAGUUUAACUGGAAGUACCAGCCACAAAAGCCAGUGAAACUCAGUUUUGUUCCCAGACAGCAGUAGUCCACAAGGAAGCAUCUCCAAACAUCC